AUGAUUUUAUUAAAUUUAAAAAAUAAUUUUUUAUUUUAAUAAUUUUAUAAUAAUAAAAAAGCUAAAAUAAGUAAUUUAGUACGAAAAAUUUAAUUAUUUAUUUCAAAAUUCUUAUUUAUUUUUUAAAUAAUGAAAAAAGAUUUUUUUUAAUUGAAUUUAUAUAUCAUUUCUAAAUUUAUUUUUGUUACUUCAAUUUAUUGA